GAGAUAAUAAAAGUGUUCAUACAUCGAAUCGACGACCACGAAAUGGCUGUUAUCGAAUCGGAAUGCAAAUCAAAAUCACGCAUGAAACUCUCGCUGAUGGAAUGCUUACCAAUAGAGAAUUUAUCGGCGGUCAAUGAAAAACUAUCGCCGAUUCAGGAGUUUUAUCAUGGCCAAAGCAUCUUUAUCACUGGCAGUACCGGUUUUAUAGGCAAGCUGGUGAUCGAGAAACUUCUUAGAAUGUGUCCUGGAUUGGGAUCUAUCUAUUUGCUAGUGCGUCCCAAAAAGUGCAAAAAUGUGCAACAACGCAUUGAAGAGAUCUUUGAUAAUGUGCUAUUUGAAAGACUUAAAGACAAGCAACCAAACUUUCGGGAUCAAAUCGUUGCUAUAACGGGAGAUUGUAGCCAGCCGAAUCUCGGAAUAUCUUCGGAAGAUCGGGCUACUCUCAUUCGAGAAGUUUCCAUUGUCUUUCAUAUCGCGGCAACAGUGAAAUUUAAUGAGAAGUUGAAAUUAGCAGUUACAAUUAAUGUCGGAGGUACGAAAGACGUUCUAAAUCUUUGCAAGGAAAUCCAUAAUCUGAAGUCAUUUGUGUAUGUAUCAACCGCGUAUGCAAACUGUCCACAAAACGUGAUUGAAGAAAAAUUUUACGACGCGCCAAUGGAUUCCGACAAAUUACUCACUUUGAUGAAAUGCAUGGAGGAUAAAUUAGUCGAGUAUAUAACACCGCAAUUAUUAGGAAAAUGGCCAAAUACCUAUACCUUUACAAAAGCAGUAGCGGAGGAUGUAAUUAGGAAGCAGGCUGGUGACUUACCAAUCGGCAUUUUUCGUCCUGCUAUUAUAAUUUCAACGUAUCGGGAACCUAUAGAAGGUUGGAUUGACAAUUUAUACGGUCCAACGGGAAUUGCUGUUGGUGCUAAUAUUGGAUUGUUGCGACUGGUUCAUUGCGAUGAUUCGAUAUCCAUAAAUGCGGUACCCGCUGAUUUAGUAAUCAACGCUCUUAUUGCGUGCGCAUGGGAUACAGCUAAUAUAAGAUUAAACAACGAUUUAUCUAGUAACAUUCCGAUUUAUAAUUACGUGUCUAAGGACAACCCGAUAAUCUAUAAUGAUCUGAAGAAAUUCUCGGAAAAGGAGCUUUCCGAAUUUCCCUCUAACAAAGCAAUUUGGUAUUACAGUCUCAGAUGCACGAAGUACAGAUUUGUUUAUCUUUUUUUGAUAUAUUUCUGCCACUUAUUCCCAGCUUUGCUGGUCGACAUCUAUAUUUUUGGUCUGGGAAAGAAACCGAGACUACUUCAGUAUUACAAAAGGAUACACACAUCCAUAGAUAUGUUGAACUAUUUCUCCAUGCAAGAAUGGAUAUUUACUAAUGAUCGAGUACGUGCAAUGAUUGCAAAGUUAACGUUCAAUGAUCGUAAAAACUUUGAUUGCAAUAUGAAGAAUCUCAAUUGGAAAGUUUAUUCCAAGACAUACGUGCGCGGAAUGAGAGUGCAUCUCAUUAAGGAUCCUCUGCACACUUUGCCGCAAGCACGCGCUAAAUGGCGAAGAUUAUAUUGGUGGCAUCAAGCGUUAAAACUCAUGUUGACUUUGAUCGGCAUGACGUUCAGCUGGUUGGUUAUAUCUAUGGUCUUAAAGUGUUUCAAGGAAAACAUGUGA